CCCUCAAGCUGAUUCGUUUAUUUUACUCGCUUAUUUAUAUUUUCACAGAAGAGUUAAAUAAUAACUUAUGUGCAUUAUUUUAUAUUUUGAUUAGGGUCUGUUUUGCGAAUCGUCCCAGUAAAAACAAUUUCUCAUAUUUAUGGCAGUUAGUGGAAAGCAAAAUAAAUUGACGUCAUCUCCCGGCGCUUCGCAUAUGUCGUUCAAAACGUUUGGCGGUAAGCAGUGUAGAACAACUCGGUGCACAUUUUACAGAAGAACCUAGAACUGGAUCACCUAACAAGGUGGUGUGAAGCAAUGUCUCCCUUCAAGUUUGUCAUUAAGUGUGGGAACUUUGCUGUGCUGGUGGAUCUACAUGUUUUGCCCCUGGGGAGCCCAGAGUCCACCAGCUGGUUUACCACAGACCAAGUUGAGGAGGUUGCAUCCCUUGUUCGUGACCCAGUGGACCAGAGGGUUAAGCAAUAUGAAGAGGUUCUGCAUGUUAGAAGACGAGCUAAACAGAAGAAGGAGUUGGCUCCUGCUUCGGCCUUCUUUGUGAGAGGGGGAAACUUCAACCUUGUGGCAAAUUUCCUGAGGCGGCACUCCAAUCUCAGAUGUGUUGUCGAGCAGGAUUUGCGUUUGUUUCCUGAGCGAUAUGUCGUGUGUGUGAGCUGCCCAGAAGAUGCCUCGGUGCACCAUGGAAACCCGAGCCUGGCCGCGACUGAGCUGAGUGAGCAAACCAGAUCAGAAUAUUUUUCCAGUGUGGGAGAAACCCGAGAGCUUUUACGCAGCCCGAAAAAAACAAAGAAAUCUGUGCUUCAAACGAUAGCCAAACAAGCUUGUGUCCAUCAAGAGAUUUGUGGUUCCACGACUGAGAUGCAGCCGAUGGAGCAGAGUGGCUUUCCCAAAAAACAGAGACUUGAAGGUAAAGCUGGGGAGGCAGAAUCGAGGCCGGAGGCCGUGCCCAGGUCUGAACUGAACGCACCCCUGGAGGCAAACCACAAGGUGCCUUGCAGCAAUUCCUUAAUUGAACUUGAGGCUGAGGUACGGUCUUCUCAAAGGCAGAAACACGAGGCAGAGAAUGAAAUAACACAGAAGACCAGCAAGAGGUGCGAGAACAGGGAAGAUCCUGGCUCGCAGCUGGCCAAGAAAACGUGCCUUGGAACCUGUUCAGCCCCAGCGCAAAUCCACUCCACCUCGCAAACACCCAACCAUAACCUCCCUCCCCUGCUGCCACUUCCUCCAGUCGGAGCGAUGGCAAACUCCAAGGCUUUCCUUGUCUCCGAGUGCAAGAAAACCACACUGGAAGUAGAGCUGCUUACUCCAGGGAAACAGGCCCAGAGGCUCCUCCUCACAAGCAAUAACACAGCAAAGACAAACCAAAACAGGCCAGCCGCAAGUCUGAGGGGCCUAUCUGUCAAGCCCGCAUCCUCGAGCUCCUCUAUUGGUUCCAGACCCGCGUUCGGAGAGGAGGGGAGUGAAAACGUGCCCAGAACCUCGAGAUUACGACGAACGAAGAGGUCCUGAGAGGGAGAGGAAAGCUGAAGUAAAGAUCCCUGACGCCAAGGAGAUACACAUUUUAUUCUGUCGGGCUGCAAGUUUGCAGCUCAUGUGGUCUCUUUAGUCGGCUUUACUUGUUAUUCUUAACAUGUUGUUCUUGGGAUUCGCAUCAGAUGCUAACUGCUUUGUGUCAGUUCAGACUUGUGUGUUAUAGUUUUCUCUUGACAAAUACACAAAACAGGCUGGUGCCUCUCCCAUUUUUAGUAGCGGUGAUCCAGAGAUUUCUGCAAAUGGAAGUAGAAAACCUUUAUUGGAGAAUAGAUUUUGGUUUUAUGUUAAAGAUCAGGGAUUUGAGACAGGCAGGAGCCGCGCAGUACGUCAUGGCUCUCAGUCUGAAGCGCUGGCUCCUAUGUGUCUGAAAAGUGUCCAGUAUCCCCACUGAAGCUCUGAUGUGAUUGAUGGCAGUUUCCAGACUUAUUUCAUCGCCUCGUUCUUAUUUUGGUUUGACUUCAGUCACUUACAUUUAACCUAAUCCAUCGCUCCUGAGCAAUUGAAGGUGGUACAUUGUAAAAGUAUUCACACCCCUCGAGCUUUUUCACAUUUUCUUAUGAUGUGUUUUGUCUGGAUUUUAUAUGAUAGCCCAACAUAAAGUGAGACUGUGAAGUCACAGGAUAGCAGUAUUUUUUUUUCCUUUUUGCAAAAACAAUAAAAAAAAAAUCUGAAAAGU